AUGGCAGUAGCAUACGGUAUACAUUUAGGUAAUAGUUCUGGAUGCUUAGCAGCUUUCACGAAUGGUGCUUCGUCAGUGCUGGCAAACGAUGCAGGAGACCGUGUUACUCCAGCUAUAGUAGCUCUCAAUGGUUCCGAGUGGGAAGUCGGCUUAACCGCCAAAACUGGUCAACCAGCAUCGAAGGCUAUCAUAAAAAAUAACAAGCGUCUGAUGAACUGUGAAUGGAAUGAAGAUGAUCUCUUAUUUGUCGAAAGUUCUUCGUCUUGUCGUAUUCAGAAUGAAGAUAAGGUGUUGUACGAGUUUGAAACAAGUGAAACAAAGCUAUAUUCUAGCCCUGAUAACAUAGCAACAAAGAUUUAUGCUAAACUGUUUACAAUUGCUAGCCAUUCUGUUAAAGAUGAAGGUGACUUAAAAUUAGUUCUAGCUGCUCCUUUACAUUGGUCACAAACAAGUCGGGAGAGGCUAAUAAAGUGUGCAGAGCUGGCUGGUUUUGAUGUUCUACAGGUUAUAAGUGAACCAGCAGCUGCUUGUUUGGCUUAUAACGUUGAGGAAUCAGCUGAGGACAUUAACAUUUUAGUGUAUAGGCUUGGUGGUUCAACUUGUGAUGCUUCAAUAGUAAACGUCUCCAGUGGGUUUAUAAGCAUUGAAAAAAAUAUAUUUCGAAGUGAUCUUGGAGGACAAUGUUUGACUAAAGAUUUAGCAGACUACAUUGCCCAAGAAUUUAGGCAGAAGUGGAAAUUGGAUCCUCAAGAAAGUCGAAGGGCAAUGGCUAAGCUGUUACAGCAUGCAGAUAAUUGUAAACAUGUGCUUUCUACUCUCAGCUCGGCUCAUGUGUUUAUUGAGUCAUUAGUAGAUGGUGUCGAUUGGAGUCAAAAUGUGUCUAGAGCUAGAUUUGAAAACAUAAUUUCAUCAAAAGUAUCUGCAUACAUUGAACCAGCUCAGAAGCUUGUGGAAAGUUUUGAUGGUAUUAUAAGCAAGAUAGUAGUGUGUGGUGGAAACAUGAAAAUUCCUAAGUUGCAAUCAGCUAUAGCAAAUUUACUGCCAAAUGCGGAACUUCUUUCUGGUAUUAACCCUGAUGAGGUUAUCGCUGUAGGAUGUGCAAAACAUGCUGGAAUAAUUUUAGACUUUCCAAAUUUAUCUUUGUCUGAUGUAAAUACGGAAGUUGAAUUUUUGGGACAAGACAUCUACCUGAAAUAUUUAGAUGAAACUGUCAAGCUUUUUAAGGAAGGUACUCCACUCUACACGCAAUAUACUUGUGAUAUAAAUUCACCAAGUGAUGUAAAGAAUAUAAGCUUUACUUUGCACGCUCAACCUGAUGCAAAAGAAUUUGCAAAAGAAGAUAUUAAUGUAGAGAGCCUAAGUAAACCUUUUAAAUUAAAAGCCACAUUACAAGAAGAAAAAUUAUUAUUGGUUGUUGAAUAA